CGAGGUUACCCUCCACAACCGUUGGUCCCAAGCCCAACAGGACUUGCCUAUGGUCCGGCACACGUUCCUCACCUGUCGCUCGGUAACACUCAGCAACUCUAUGACAUGGUUCUCCCUACCGGAGACAAUCAUCACCCGGCCAUUACUCGUGUGCAGCAACAACACAACGUGUUCCGUGGUGCUCAUCAGCACUCCACCUCAGACCCUUCCGCUCUGCGAGAUGCUGCUACAUUAGCGCUCCUCAGCAACCAAGCAGUUUUUGCACAGGCGACUCAUGGAAUGUAUCCCCCCAUCCACCCCGGUCUCUACAUUCCUAUUCAUACAUUCCUGCGUGUGUCUCUAGGACAAUCGUGCUAUAGUGAUCAAGGACCUUGCGGAAAUGACUCCAAACUUCGGCCUCGUGUGUCAGAAGUAUGCUCUCCUUUCCUCUCUUCACCCUACUCUCAUACUCGCCGUCCGUGUUUAUUCUGA